AUUAAUACGCAUUGGCUCGUACGUUUUUAUCAGUCGUGCGAAAUGAGAACAGGGAUGGGAUAGCACAAACAAACUGUUUUCGAUAACGCUCACAUUUACCAAAUUUAUUUACCAAAUCGAAAAACCGCAAACGUUUUAUAAAUUUUUGUAAUCGUCUUGUGGAUUCUCGGAAUCGGCCGAUUAAUCCGCAUUUAAUUAGUUCGAUCCGGAUUGAAAAUAAAGAGAUUAAUCUGAAUUUUUAGUGAGGAAUUUCUUGUAUAAAUGUUUGAAAAACAACUGCACGAUUACAUUGUGUCCAACGAUACCAUUGCUUUCUCUGAGGCGUCGUUAAAUUUGUGAAACGUGGCGAAGUUUGAGGGCAAACUGUUUUCGGCGGUCAACAAUUUUUUCACAACAUCGCCGCUUAUCAAUCAAAUUAAAGACUUGAUGUAUUCUUUGUCGAAGUUCGCCUCAAUUUUCCAAAAUGGCUUUGCCCAAAAAAUGUGGACCAACUCGUUUUUCACAUGGGAAAAAUACUAUUUUCAGACAAGGCAGACGACGUUGCAGGAGGCCGCAGGUGAUGGCAGGAUAUCGUCAGUUAAACGAGCGGAAGACGCAGACGGAGUUGGUGAUCGCGAUCAAGAAAUACAUGAGCCAGUUCGUCAGUUCGUUCAGAAUGUCGGCACGCUUUCCACCCGACACACCAACGUAUCAAAAAGUCAAAUGAAAGAAUUCCGUGAGGCGUUCCGUCUCUUCGACAAAGACGGCGACGGCAGCAUCACCAAGGAGGAGCUGGGCCGUGUGAUGCGCUCCCUGGGCCAGUUCGCACGCACGGAAGAGCUGCAACAGAUGCUGCAGGAAGUCGACGUUGACGGUGACGGGAACGUGAGUUUCGAGGAGUUCGUGGACAUCGCGUGGUCGGCGGGCGCAGGCGCAGAUCCCGACCACGUGCUGAGCAGGGAGGAGGAGGAGAAGGAGUUGCGUGACGCCUUUAGAGUGUUCGACAAGCACAACAGGGGCUAUAUCACUGCGUCGGACCUGCGGGCGGUGCUCCAGUGCUUGGGGGAGGACUUGUCGGAGGAAGAAAUCGAAGACAUGAUUAAAGAGGUGGACGUUGACGGGGAUGGACGAAUUGACUUUUACGAAUUCGUAAAUGCUUUAGGUGAACCAGGAACGGAGGACAGUUUGGACGACGAAGACGAAGAAAUACUAGGCUACUAAAACUCCAAGAAAAAGCGUUGCCAAAAUUAAACCAUAUCUCUACUUAUUUAUAUAAUCCUCUAGUUGUAUUGUUGAGAAAAUAUUUAAACAAAUUUUAUUUUAUUAUUAUGUUUUUAUAUGUAUGUUUGUGAGGUUGUGAUGGAAAUGACCAAUUAAUAUUUAUCGUUUUAUACACACAGGGUGUUCGAUUCAUAUCUGCACAAGUAUUAUUAAUUUUAAACUAGUUGUUAUUGUUUUUCGCUUUGAAUGUAACCAAAACAAAAUAAAUGUAAGAAAAAAUAUAAAUAUUGUCCUAAAUAUAAUAAAAAGAAUCAAAUUUGA